UAACGGCUUCCCUUCCGAAACCCAUGUUUCGGUUUUUUUAUCCCUCAGUUAUGAUUUUAGCUCAUUCAAUGACAUCUGUGCCACACACGAUCCUCUCCAGGACCAUACCCGUAGUGUACAGGAGAAAGAUUGGCCAAUAUGAUGCAGAAUCAUCUGAAGAUCCCUCUCGCUCCCAGCAGGAGCACCAAGCAAAGAAGUGCACUCUUGUGGCCUCGGCGAAUUCUACAUUGAUAUUCUAGAAUUUAUUUAUUUGUUCAUCUAUCCCUUGUG